AUGGCUCUCAACUAUCAGACGUCUACUCUGUCUCUGACUUUGCCGAUUUCGUGUCAGAUAUGUCUCGGGAAGGUAACUCUGUUUUAAACCUGCCCUUACACAAAUAUGUUGUGUGUUUACUCGGUGUAAACUGCUGCCUGGUUACCGUCAAGUUGGCACGGUAACGGUCUAACGCCACAAAGACAACUAACGUUAGUUACGGUUACUAACAGGAAUCAGCUAGUGCUACUUCUUCGUGUGCUUUUCGUGUCCAAGUUAGCUUGUAGUGUGCUCAUGUUUUUGUGUGUGCAGGUCAGGCAACCGGUCAUUUGUGCAAACAACCACGUGUUCUGCUCGUCCUGCAUGGAAAUGUGGUUGAAGAAAGCGAGUCAGUGCCCCACUUGCAGGGUCCCAAUCACAACAGAGAACCCCUGCAGGGAAAUCAUCGGUGAGUUACUCUCCACACACGAGGAAAGCAGUCAGAAAACAACAGAGGAGAGGUAAUGUAAGACUGGAUCAGCGGGUUUCAAUUGAGUCAUGGUGAGAUCACAUGUAUGGAGUUAAAGUUACCAUUUUAGUCAAGUUGCCAUAGGCAGCAGCGAUGACUCUUAGAAACUCGUUCAUCAUUAGAUAAUGAAUGGAAUGGCCUUUUUGCUCUUUUUCUCAUAUUACACUGAGUUCUAUGCUUUGACUUAACCUCUGAUCACACAAAUCAGUGUGAUCAGAGGUUAACUUUAGUAAUCAUUGUUAAAGGGAUAUUCCGGCGUAAAAUUAAUUUAGGGUCAAAUACACUGUAACACCGAGUUAGACACCCCCUCAAGAGAUGUAUGUUGUUGACCGCUUGCUUCUCUAGUUAUACCAACUGUAGUCACGACGCACGAUAGCAAUACACAGCGAUCUGAGGAGCCACAAACAAACGCUCAACAAAAAAGCCACUCUAUAGCCACAAAUAAUGUUCAGAACAGCACCUAAUUUCAUCAACAGUACAUAUAGGGUCCCAGCCACCAAACAUCCCCUUUUCUUUGCCUAAUUUCUUUAGCAAAGAGACCAAACACAACUCACCUACUCUCUUCCAGCAGCUGCUUGUUUGUAGCGAGUCCAUUACGGACUACAGUGAGGCGGCGCAGCCCAACGAAGAACAUUUAUGAUAAUUUCUUCAUGGAAAUGUAAUCAGACAGAGACGCUAAGGCAGAAGAACUAUCGCGCCUGUGGUGCAAAAACGAUUAAUAUGGUGAUUAUUACUUCAAGGAAAUGAUAAAGUAAUGAUCCUCGAGCUGUGUCACCCCGCAUCAACUAAAACAUUGACGCAAUAGUGAAGUGACAUUUAUGAAAACACUGACGGUAGUAGAGCUGGACAAAUCUCAAGAGACAUUAAUAAUUGUCGUGUUUUAGGCAAGCGAGAGGUACCUUUUGCCCUGAAGUCAGCUACUUGUUUUGAUUUUUUUUACUGCCUCUGGUUUUGUGUCCUGGAUCAGUGUUUAAUUUAACACAGGUUAAGUUGAUACUAAUCCACCUAGCAAUAUGGGCCUCACCAAUUCCAAGCAUAUUUCUUUACAUGUUAAAUAACAUUAUUUAUUUAUACUAAGGUGUCUUGGACAUGGCCUGAAUAUGUGUGCUCUCCACAUAGAAAUCCACCCCAAAAAGACACCUCAAGUUUUCACAGUAAUGUAUUUUGCAUGUUGUGGGUUGAUGCUCUAUAGUUAUGUAACUGUUGCAUUAUUUAACUUAGAGUGGCUCUUGUUCUUCACUGUAAUGUUUUGUUGUCAGGUCUGUUUAACUGUCACUGUGCGCAUGCACUUUUGUUAUAGGAGGCACAAAUGAGAGUGAUCAGAGUGACAACCCUCGCAUGAGGAAAUGCCUGAGAAAAACCAGAGGAGAACUGCUCCUGCGCGAAUAUGAGGUAUGAGUUCUUAUCAACUUGUUUUCCUUUUUUUCAAUUCACUUAUAACAAGCUGGUUGAUGCUAUUAGAUGGAAUCACAAUAAUGCAGACAUAGGUUAACAGAUUAACACAAUUUUGUGAAGUUUUAAUUUCCGUACUUCUUCCACAGAUUUGCUGGUUUAUUUAUGCUUUCAGAGUAUCUAAUAGAACAGUUUUAACUUUGUCUGAGCAUAAUAGGCAAACUUUUGUAGAAUAAUGUAUUUACUGUGUCAAAAGAACAGAGUGCUCGGAAGAGAAAAACAGCACUUUCCAAGUAGCCAGACUAACCUUUUUAAUACUGUGGCGUUUACGAUAUGCCUGUUUUUAAGUUCGACUAUUUUCUUUGACAGGAGGAAAUCGAAGGGCUGAUCAGAGAAAAUGAGGAGCUGAAAACAAAAACUCAGUUUCUGGAGUCCCAACUGAAGACUGCUCUGGAUCCCUGCAGCAUUAAUACAGUGCAAACGGAUGAUAAAAAAGUUGACCCACAUGUCCUGAAGGAAUGGACCAACAAGCUGAGUGCUGCAGCUGAUGUUUGCGAUAAAGUGAAGCAGGACAUGGACAAACUUAAAGAGGUAAAUAACGUGUUGUCCUCAGGGUCAUGUGUAAGUAAAAGUUUUGCACAUGCUACACAGUACUCUGCACUUUGUUGAAUUUCCAGCUUUUAUACCCUCUGCCAAUCACAUCCCCCCGCAUACCUGGACUUUUUUUUGUGUAAUUUUAAGCUACCUAAACAGGGGAGGUAUCUCUAUCUCUAUAGAGGACUUAUCCCAUCCUUAGCACAGUUCAAGAUACAAAGCACUGUUAAGCUGGUAAGGUUGGUGUUUAGCUCAAGAGCAAAUGAUGAUGUCAGUCAGUGUUUUUGUGUCAUGGUUUUUAGGUAAAAAAACAGACUUUAAAUUGCAUUGUGCAGCCGUGUAAAGACAAACCUUACAGUUGUAAAAUCAUCAAAACCAAAAUAGAAAAUGAAUCUGAUUUGCAUCUAUUCAACAGUUUUACUGAUGUAUCAGUUCAUAUGAAAGAAAAGAAUAAACAUGACAGCAUCCUUCAAUAAGGAUUAGUGACUAAUUAAGAGACAUUAAUGCUUUUGUCUGUAAAACACUUUUGUGGAAUAAUAUGUAACAUGACAGUGUGUGUUUAUUUACCUUUCUCAGGCAAACAAGACUUUACGUUCCCAGAAUGUUGACCUGGUCCAAGAAAACAUGAGACUGAAAGCAGAAGUGGUCAGCAGAUCUCCACAGAAGUAAGUAGAUUUCUUGUGUCAGGGCUGAAAACUGUAAAAAUAUGGAUAUAUGAUGCAGGCCCUAUUGGUGGAUAUAUUUUCAUCUUGUCAACAACAGAAGCUACUGGCCAGACAACACUCUGACUGAUUUCUACUGAGAUGUUUUGAGAAUGAAUGAAGGGAAUCUCUGGUUAGUAUCAGAACUGCUAACUCAACUUGACUUUUUUUCAACUUAGAAAUGGAUGAGAAGGUCUCCAUAUCUUCAAAACAGUUGAUUAUAUCCCCCCCAUACAGUGCGAAAGAAUAAAGUAAUGAGCUUUCAAGAAAAAAAAGCUUUUGUACCAGGUUAAAAAACAUGUUUUAUUGCUCUGUAAAAAAGAUGACAUUUUAACAUAGGUGUUAAUAGGGAUUCCCAGACUUUUUCAGCCAGUCUCAAGUGGACACUGAGGAACUACAUUUUUUUUUUUUCACGUCUGCAUUGGCUUCAGUUUUCAGCAUUGGAGGAUGCUGCUUUGCUGUGACAGCUGAAUGCUUUAGUCUUUCUCUAACUGUUAUUUGUCUGACUGUCAGAAGUAUCCAAGUGUAAUGUUUUUUUUCCCGUUAAAGUAGAGCUCGGUGCCACAGUUUGCGACUCCUGCAACCCUGCUAGCUAAUUUCUCUUGCAAAUUGUCAAGGGUUAAAGCGUUCUUAAUGGAUAUGACAACAAAGUAUAAACAAUCUUUUAAAAAUACAUAUACUUGGCCAGGGUGGAUACAUUUAUAAGCUGGUAUCUCCCUGCUGUCAUAUGAGAAUCCUUGAACAAUUCAAACACAUGAAACCAUCUGUCCCCAGGUUUGGCCGUUAUACUGUGGCAGCUCUGGAAGCUAAAAUCCAGCAGUAUGAGCGUGACGUGGACCACUUAAAGAGGGCUCUGGAACGGAGUGAUCAGUACGUUGAGGACCUGGAAUCCCGGAUCAGAAUGUCAGAGAAGAGACAGCCCGAUGUGCAGGAAGCAUGUGGGAGUGGCACAGCCAACUCUGAAACCUUCACGCAGCAACAGAAAAUCAACAUGAUGCUGAGAAGCUUGAGUGACACCGAGAGGCAGCUAAUCUGUAGCAACCCAGAAGCAGAAUGCCGGACAUUUUCCAGUAAUCCCAAUUCGGCUUUCAGGUCAUCUGUAGAUCAAAAAGAGUUAAACAAGAGUCUGGUAGACAAGCAGAAAAAAGAGGACUUGGUUGGUGCCUCCUCUGACUUUUUGCCCACCACUCCAUCCUCUGCUUUCCGGUCCUUGACGCUGAAAAGCCCUGGCAUCCGGGAAAAGAAAGUUGCAUUUAAGCCUGCAACUUAUCUGAGAAGGCUGGAUUUUGAAGAAUUUCCCAAUACAGGCAAGAGCAGCAGCGCCAUGGAGAACCAAUUCAGCAGUCUUGACAAAUUCCCCAAAGCCUUGCCUCAAAAUGCUGACGUCCAACCCUCAAAUGGUGUCUUCUGGAGUGGCUGGCAGAGAUCUAAAUCUAAUGACCAGUCAUGUCCAGGUACAAGUCAAGACAGCUCUGCCAAAGGAUCUACAUCCUCUGAUCUUGCAGACGAUGAGCCGGAUAACUUCCAGAUUUCCAGCGAGGCCUCCAUGGAUGCUGCUUACUUGGACAAAAUCUCAGAGUUAGACUCCAUGAUGCUGGACGGUGAGAGCUCCAGCAGUCGAGGCUCACACCUCUCACUGGCUUCAUCUCCUCCUGCAGACCUAGACAGCACCCUUGUCCCAGAACCACAAACCAGCCAUGAUCGGAAACCUGCGACCCAGCAUGAGCCUGAAAAGCACACAGCUAAGGGAAACUUGGAUGGUACCAUCAACAGUCAAGAGGCUCCAAAAGGCUUCGCAGAGGUGUCAGAGAGUGAUUGUGCCGGGCCUUCACAGGCUGAUGAACUGUCCUUUGAUUUGCUGUUUGACUCGGUGGAGGAGAAUAAGGACACCGGUCCCUCUGGCUCUGCCAACCCAGCAAACCAAGACCAGGAUCAGGCUACCCCUUCCUCCUUCUCCUCUUCUUUUAGCUGCAGCAGUAAACCUGUGAACACAACGAGAGACAAAAACACACUGACUUUCAGCCAGCCAACAAAAAGAAAGUCUUACAGUCCCUUCAGCACAGGUAGUCCCACCAAACAGUCAAAGCUCAUGUGA